UUAGAGGUCAUCAAAAAUGGUAUGGAUCCGAUAAGAACUUUCUUGUGAAUAAUUUCUUUAUGGUCUAUGGAUUAUGGGUUUAUGCGCUGUGAUUGUGUCCCAUUUUGAUAAAUAUUCUGUGAUCUACAUUAACUGAAGCCUUAAAACCGCCAACUCUUGAUAUCCUUGUUGUUUUAUUUUUGUUGUGAAAAGUGGGCAUUUAAUAUGAGUUUCCUUUUUGGCAGCCGUUCUUCCAAGACUUUCAAGCCAAAAAAGAACAUCCCCGAAGGUACUCAUCAGUAUGAGCUGAUGAAACAUGCAGCAGCCACCUUAGGUUCAGGGAACUUGAGGCUUGCUGUGAUGUUACCAGAGGGCGAGGAUUUAAAUGAAUGGGUCGCUGUUAAUACUGUGGACUUCUUUAACCAAAUCAAUAUGUUAUAUGGCACUAUAACAGAGUUUUGUACAGAGGAAAGUUGCCCCAUCAUGUCUGCAGGCCCUAAAUAUGAGUACCACUGGGCGGACGGACACACAGUAAAAAAACCCAUUAAGUGUUCAGCCCCCAAAUAUAUUGACUAUCUCAUGACAUGGGUUCAGGAUCAGCUGGACGACGAGACGCUUUUCCCGUCAAAAAUAGGGGUCCCCUUCCCAAAAAAUUUUCUCUCGAUAGCGAAAACGAUCCUAAAACGGUUGUUCCGGGUAUACGCACAUAUUUAUCACCAGCACUUUAGUCAGGUCGUUCAAUUAGGAGAGGAAGCACACCUUAACACUUCCUUUAAACACUUUAUAUUCUUUGUUCAGGAAUUUAGUUUAAUUGAGAGACGGGAGCAGGCGCCUCUGCAGGAAUUGAUCGAUAAAUUGACGGCAAAGGAGGCUCGAUGAGCGUGUCGCGUCGCCUGUUCUCUUUCUACGUAUCUCUUUAAUGCUUGUAUUUUUUUCCAGACAAGGCAAUAACGAAACGAGUGCAGGGGGCGCCACAAAUGCUAGACCAAAGCAAGGGCUAAGUACAGGGUAUGUUUUUAGGGAAUGACCAGUUUUUGUGGCGCUGUUUGUACUUAAGUAACUUAUUUAUUGCACUUAACCAUAUGUAGGCAUCAACAUGACUAAGCGAUAGUUUAUAAAUGUAAGUAACAAGCGUGUUUAUUGUUUCAAUGUUAAUGUUUGUUAAUUUUUGUAUGCACAUGUACGAGGCUUCACUUUUUCUACUAUUUAUUUCUUGUUCCUGUUUUCAAGCCUAAGAGUAGGUUGGGACUUUGUAUUUUAUUGACAAUAAAUUACUUUUAUUGGAAUUUUUGUUUCUAGUCGGUACGACAUGCCUAUGCGCUAUGAAUUUGCUGCGUUUUCUUUUGUUGAUAGGUCAGCUUGCUUAUGAACCAAAAUCUAACCCUGUGUAGACGUAGGACCAUGUAUAUUUAUAAAAGAGUAUUUUUAGAAUCAAUAUACACAUUCAUAAUGCGA